AUGCGCGGGCAAAACGUCGUGUAUAUAUGUAUAUAUAAUCUCAGGAACCCACGUAACGUGAUCUCACAUUGCCGAAGCUUCUGUUCCUCUGUCACAUUCCCUCCUCCUCCUCCUUCUUCCUCCUCCUCUUUUCCCACCCUCUCUCUUUCUUGGACGUUUUCCAUUCCUGCUUUCUUGUUUUAUAGGAUCCCCCACACCGGCCUCGAAUUCGUGCUCCCCAAUCCGAAUUCUUGUCGCCCGGGCACCAAGAACGUGGGCCCUCGAGAUUUCUUGAUUGAUUUGCUUUGUUGGGUUCGUCCACAGAGAGAGAGAGAGAGAGAGGGAGAGGGAGAGAAGGGAGUAUAUAAGUCUGUAAUGGCGGCUGCGGCGGCCGGGUUCUUGAUCGCCGUCGCGGCGCUGGCGUCGGCGGCGGCGGUGUGCGGCGGGUUCCCGGCGGCGAUGACGCUGGAGCGGGCUUUUCCGGUGAGGGGUCGCGCGGAGAUGAGUCAGCUCAUUGCCCGGGACAGAGCCAGGCACGGCCGGAUGUUGCAGUCCUCCACCGGGGUCGUGGAUUUUCCCGUCGAUGGCACUUAUAAUCCUUACGUUGUCGGGCUUUAUUACACAAAAGUGCAACUGGGCAACCCCCCAAAAGAUUACUAUGUACAGAUUGAUACAGGAAGUGAUGUUCUGUGGGUUAGUUGUAGCUCCUGUAGUGGCUGUCCUGGAAAAAGUGGACUUCCUAUUCAGCUCAAUUCGUUCGAUCCGUCGAGCUCAAAGACAGCUUCGAUGAUCUCUUGCUCAGACAAACUUUGCGUCCAAGGGAUUCAAUCGUCGGACUCAGUCUGCUCUUCACAGUCUUGCAGUUUCUCGUUCCAAUACGGAGAUGGUAGUGGGGCAUCGGGCUAUUAUGUGUCUGACCAGUUGCAUUUCAACACGGUAUUGGGGAACUCUCAGUCUGCUAAUUCCUCAGCUUCCGUUGUCUUUGGGUGCGGCACCGCAGUAAGUGGGGAAUUGACGAAAACAGAUAGGGCAGUUGCUGGGAUUUUUGGGUUUGGGCAGCAGGGUAUGUCUGUUAUUUCUCAGCUGGCUUCACAGGGAGUAACACCCAAAGUGUUCUCACAUUGCUUGAGCGGAAGUGGGAAUGGCGGGGGCAUAUUAGUCCUUGGCGAAAUCGUCGAGCCAAAUAUAGUCUAUAGUCCACUCGUCCCAUCACAGCCUCAUUACAAUUUGAAUCUGCAAAGCAUUUCAGUGGGUGGGCAACAACUGGCUAUUGACUCGUCAGUAUUUUCAACAUCAAGCAGCCAAGGGACUAUAAUAGAUUCAGGGACGACACUGGCAUACCUUGCCGAAGGAGCUUUUAACCCUUUUGUUGCCGCCAUUGCGAACGCUGUUUCUCAGACUGCUCAGACUUAUCCUUCCCAGGGAAAUUACUGUUACGUCAUCACAUCCAGUGUCACGGAUGUGUUCCCACAAGUUAGCUUAAAUUUUGAGGGAGGGGCUUCCAUGGUACUAAGUGCUCAGGAUUAUAUGUUACCGCAGCAAACUGGGGGUGGUACUGAAAUAUGGUGCAUUGGCUUUUCAAAAGUUCAGGGGCAAGACAUUACAAUUCUAGGAGACCUUGUUCUACAAAACAAAAUCAUCGUCUAUGAUCUGGCUGGGCAACGGAUCGGAUGGACCAAUUACGACUGUUCGCUGUCCGUGAAUGUGUCCACAACUAGCAACACCGGUGCAAACGAAUACGUUAAUGCAGGACAGCUGAGUGAUAGUAGCUCACCUAGAAGCAUGCCUUACCAAUCGUUUACACCGAUCAUGAUGUUAACACUCGGCAUUCUCUUGUUCCUAUAGUAUCCACCAUGGGAAGUGGUCUGCGGUCAUUUCUUCAUGGUAUAUUUAUGCUGCUGAUUUCAUACUCACACAGUAGCAAGCGAGACGGAUUGAUCAUUUAUUUUGCGGCCAUUUUGCUGCACUGGUGUACCAUAGUUUUGCAGUUCUUCAUUUCGAGGAUCAGCAUAUUUAUUCAUUCAGUCAGUGUAGAUUCAUGGUUCAUUAGGCUUGUGAUAUAGGCAGGUGUUGUAGAUGACAUUUAGAUACAGUUUAUUCAUACGUCAUAAAUCGAUAUUCCAUUUUUUUUC